AUGUCGCUCAGGCGAGCUUCGAGUAAGACUGUGGUUACCCCGAGCAACCUGGAAGUCUGCGACCCGGAUGCCAUUUCGCCAUUCGACGACCAGAAAGAGCCAGCCAUAACAUUUUGGGACGACGAGAAACAGCCCGUUUGUCUGCCGCCAUCUCCCAAACCCUGGACCUCUAGGCAACUACAGGUUAAACCCUCGAGUAAUCCCACCAGUGACAAUGCUGCAAGGGAGAAGCGGGAAACAAGCAACGACCAGAGGAGACUGAAGAUCCUCGGUCUCGGCAGGUGGAAGUUUGCGAUAGUGGUGGUACUAGUGCUCUUCAUCAUUGGCGGCAUUGCCGGAGGGGUCGUCGCCGCGACUCGAAACUCCAGAUCGCCACCGAGGAAAUCGAUGAUACUCGGUGUAUCCAACCUAGCCGCAGUGAACUGGACCACUGGGCCCGAUGCUGAAGUUCAUGCUGUCUUCUUCCAGGAUCCUGAUGACUCCUUGAUGGCCUAUAUCGAUAACAACGAUGGCACCACAGCCAUGGUCAACAUAACCGGAAUCUUUGAAAAAUCCGACCCCUUGGCCAUGCUCUCCGGAACUCCAAUCGCUGCCGCCGCCAACUCCGACCCUCAUGACUUCGGCAACAUAACGUCGAACCGAUUAAACGUGUUUUUCCUCACACCAGAGAACAUCGUCACCGAAAUUACCACCCAUGAUCCUAUUCUGCAGGACUGGAGUCGAGGUAGCCUGGGCCCACACCGGGACGUGACGAUAACGACGGCGAACGGAUCCCAACUCGCCGCCGUAUGGCAGCGAUGCGACAAUCCUAGCAUCUGCGGAAAAGGCAGGUUCUAUCUAGCAUUUGAGGACAAGGAUCAGAACUUUGUGAUUGCGAACUCGACUUACGACUGGGAUGCUAGCACUGCGAGCACACGACUCGCUCUUAACUCGAGUGCCACGUUGAUAUCGAUGAAUUAUGGAAACGACUCGGAUUAUGUGUGGGGGUUUUACGAGACGAAUAAUAUACUUGGUUCGGCGUGGCAGGAUUAUACUACUAAUUGGUGGUGGAUAGAUACAGGUCGCAACGUGAUGUACGAAAUAACGACCUCAUUGACGAACCACUUUGCCGCAACCUCGAUCAACCAUAGGAGGGACGCCUUUAUGUCGGCUCUUUACCCCAACGGCACCAUAAUAGGGAAGCAUUGGAAUUUCGAGCUGGACAAUUGGAGGCCGCAAAGUGCACUGAACUUGUUUGGUGGGCCAGCGGCGCCCAAUUUCACGAGUAUUGCCAUGACCGCUAAUGCCCGACUCUACGGCAUUUCUGGUGGUCAGGUCUUAUGUUACUUGAUGGGUAAUAUCAGUGACCCUUUCACGUUUGAUUUCCUUGGCUCGAUCCCCUGA